UCUGAUUCACAGCAUCCGCAGUUGUUUUGCUUUUUAUCGCGAGUCCCGCGAUUAGACAGUGUCUUUUUUAAAAAAAAUCUCUUGACCGGCUCGACUAUCUCUUCCUCCAUUCCUCUCUCUGUCUGCCCCACCUCCCGAACUCAUCCAGGAUUUCCCACUUCCCAGGUUCAGGCGAUCUCAGCGAUUGCAGUGGGAGGCUGCCUUUUUCUGAUUUGUGGCUGCCUGAUGUGCAGUGGCGGGGAGGUCAAUAAGGUUAUGUUUUGAGUUGCUUGCAACCUCUUCAAAUAUAACUUGAACCCAUCCUCCCCCCGCUGCACGACCUUCAUUUCUAGAACGCUUGGUGGUGGGGGAAGAGACUCACCUUCCGCUCUCUCUCUCUCUGCGUUGUCACUGGCGUCACUCAGUUUGUGUGCAAUCUGCUUGGAUUUUUUUUCUUGGGUCUCGUUUUACCCCUCGUGUGGUAUAUAUAAUGUUUGCAGCCUCGGUGAUAAUCUACUAGCAACACACACACACACACACACAGAGAUACAAAAUGUGGCGGUAGCGCUUUCUGCAGUGCAAUUGCUGAAUUUCUGCACAGAUCUCUCUGCAAAACCCACCUUUUUUGUUUGGUUUGUCUCCGCUGCCAGUCUGUGCCCCAUGGAGACCUCCGGGCUCUUGAUGCCCCGGAAUUUCAGCUGCAUCGCCGCUUUGUCCGGCAGUUUGGCCGAGGAGUGUGCACUGGCCGCGAUGGGGGACAGCGAGAACUGCAGACGCCAAGGCCAGGCGGACAAGCAGCGCAGCCGGGACGGGACCCCCAGCAGCAGCAGCAGCAGCAGCAACAAGAGCUCGAGCCCCGGGCAGAGGAGGAGGGCCAAGUCGCUGCCGGCUCCCGGGGGCCGAGCGGUCACCGUGCUGACCCGGGCCGGCAGCAAGAAGGUUCGCUUCGCCGACUCGCUGGGUCUGGAGCUGACCACCAUCCGACACUUCUGCGACGCCGAGGUGCCUCACGUCCCUCAGAGGGUGAUGGCCAGGCUGAGGGAGCAAACCCCCGAGCGCCUGCUCAGCAACAACAUGAUGGCCAUGUUCCUGGACAGCCCCACCCGCCUCCUGGAGCCCCUCUUCAGCGACCCGGGCAGCUCGCCCGACUUCGAGGGCAGGGUCCGGCGGGACCGCGUUUGCCUGGAGAGCAUCUCCACCGACCAGUUCAGCGUGCUGGGGCUCGUCAGGGUGCUCAACAUCGCCUACGAGAAGCAGGUGACGGUCAGGUACACCCUGAACCACUGGCAGUCCUACAUGGACGUCGCGGCCACCUACAGCGCCCACUCUGCGGACGGCAGCACGGACACUUUCUCCUUCAAACUGGUGGCCCCCGUCUUCCUGGACACGGGUGGCACUCUCCUGUUUGCCAUCCGCUACUUGGUGGCGGGCCGGGAGUACUGGGACAACAACAAGGGCUCUGACUACCAGGUAAGAAGCCACAAGUUCAAAAUCUCCCCGCCCAAGGACUGGGAAAACGGCUGGAUCCACUUCAUCUGAAAGAGGGACAAGAGGAUGUUCCAAUCUCCACCCGAGCCUGUACCAUACACCCAGCAUGGCACUUGUAUCGACGAUGAGAAACGAGGUUCUAAUUUUGUUUCUGUUUCAAGCUCUUCAACUGUUACCACGUUAAAAAUGGACUUGAGUUUUCUUUUUUUUAAAAGAACUUGUUUCAUUGGGAAAAUUGGUCACAGUUAUUUUGGGAAAUUGACUUGAGUUUGUUUUUUUUAUUUGUUGGGGAAGGAAUGCCUGUGUUUCUCCAGCACUUUGUGUGUUUUAUUAUCGUUGCUGAAAUUUAUGUGACCAGGUUAGCCUCAGUAGCAAUGAGCUACAGGAAACCUAUGCAAAACGAGGAACAAUGUGAGAUCACAUCCAAUCCACAGCCAUAGAUCGCUGGAGAUAGGGGUGGCUUCUGCUGCAGAAGCCACCUUAGUCGUGGGUAAUAUUUUUAAGUCUUUUUUAAUGCACUUUGCAGUUUCAAAGUGGCACUUUCUAUUGACUUCGUUAUAUAGAGACCAAUAUAGCUCAUUAUCAAAGUGUAAUAAGAGUAAUAGCAUUUUUAGAGGAAAAAUGUGUCUUAGUAAAACAUUUCUUCCACUUCUGCAAGCAUGCUAUAAAUCACAUCAACACGCAUCAUGGAGCUGCUUCCUCUGGCCCUUUAUCUCUUUUCAGUGACUGGCAGUAUUCCAGGGCAGUGACCUGAAUGACCUUUUAGUAUUGAGAAAGGCACCGACAAGGAGCUAGCUAUAGUCCUUAGGGCUAAAGGGAUCAAAAGGUAUAGGGGAGAAAGUGGGGACAUGGUACUGAUUUGGAUGAUCAGCCCUGACCCUAUAUUGAAUGGUGGAUCAGGCUUGAAUGGCCUGCUCUUGUUUCCUACGUUUCUAUAACAAUGGCGGUCAAGGCAAGUUGUUUGCAAUGACCUUGCGGAAGUUAAGAGAAAGGGAAGUGGUGUCAAAUGUAAAUGCUUUAGAUAAUACUGUAAAGAAUAGUGAAGUAAAUUGCCAGAGAAGCAAAUUGUAAAACGAUUGCAAUGGUUAACCUAACAUUUUUCCAGUCAGAUAACAGAUUUAGAUCUGGUAAAAUAAAAGUUAGGUGCUCUGAUCAGUCCAAGUUCCGGGACUUUUCUAUUUCUAGAAAUGUUGUGAUAAAGAACUUGACAGAUGAUAUUAAGAGUUUCAGAAUUAACAAAAAUCAGAAUACAUUGAAAUUAUGGACUGUUGCAAUAGUGUGGGGAGAGGAAGAGAACAGAAAACACUAUACUGUGUGCAUUCUUUGAUUAAAGUAUAAAUGUCUUUUCUAUGGCUAGUUUUAAUUCAUUCUCUGUUAUAAUAUACAAACCUUUCCUGUAAACAAAUGUUUAAAUCCUAAAGAAAGGAAAACAUUUAAAGGCAUAUCAGUAUUAGUUUCACACCAGAAGUAAUCUCUUAUUGCAGCAGAUGCUAUUUCUUGUCGUGGCUUGUAAAAUGGUCUUUUCCUUGCAACUUUCUUGCUAUAUCACUGUGUCAUUGUACAAAGAUAGGAUGUACACUUGUGUUUGAUGAAUCUCUUGGAAAAUACUGCAUGUUUUAUUUUUAGCCCCUAUUUUGUGCUGGAACGGCCUCAGCAUUGCUCAUACCUUAACUUGUAAUUUGAUUCCACUGUUUCAGGAAAUGAGAUCAGAACUGAAAUAACCAUCAAAACGUUAUAUAUGCAUUUAUAGAUGAAGGUAUUUUUCUGGCGCAGCAAUAGCGUCACUGCCAUCCAACUAGAAGUUCUGGGCUGAAUUCCCACUUGUUGGCCAUGGGAGGUGCUCUGUAGUAUGAGAAAGUGAGGACUGCAGCUGCUGGAGAUCAGAGUCAAGACUGUGGUGCUGGAAAAGUACAGCAGGUCAGGCAGCAUGCAAGG